AUAGAGCUGACAUUAAAAUCACCAUUUCAAAAAUUGAUGUCCACAUACUUGAAGUACAUACACCAGUUUUAAUGACACAAAGUUUUGAUUAUCUUGACUGUGGGCUUAUAGCAAGUGCUAAAUAUUUCCUAUAUUUCUCAGUUGCACAUGCUCAAUGUGUCAGAUGUAUCAACCAGAAGAAGGCAAGUGAAGCUAAACGGCAAGAAUUGUCAAUUCAGAAAAUAUUUGUCAUACAAAAGGAUUGUAAACAUCAUCCAGAAUCAGUUUAUACAAGUCGUCCACUAGAUGAGUUAAUUCAGCAAUCUGGAUCAUUAAGUCUUAUGUCAAUUUAA